CAACAGCACAACCACCAUGUCGCGCACGUCGAUUCUCGGCUCUCUGCCAAAGCCAAAAUACAGCGGCGAAGAUGAGGAGCUCCCGACACACACACAGCAGAAGGGGCCGAAGGUGAUCGCCGCGCGAGAUCUGGAAUCCUCCCAAUUGACCGUCAAGCGGAGCGGACCACCACCAUACGGCCAGCGAUCAGGAUGGCGACCUCGAAAUGCGGAAGACUUUGGCGACGGUGGCGCGUUUCCCGAAAUACCUGUCGCACAAUACCCGCUGGAUAUGGGAAGGAAGAACGUGCCAUCGAGCUCGAACGCGCUCGCGCUACAGGUCGACGCCGAGGGUAAGGUGAAGUACGACGCGAUCGCGAGACGAGGACAUGGCGAGACUCGAAUCGUGCACGCGAGCUUCAAGGACUUGAUUCCACUGCGACAACGGGCAGACGCGGGCGAGAUCAAUCUGGAGAAGCCAAGUGAAGAGGAAGUAGAGGCAACAAAGCAGAGAACACAACUUGCACUGCAAGGACUGGUCAAUGGAGCGCUGGCAGCACAGAAGCCCAAGAAUGUCAAGGGCACCAACAGACCAGAGCCGACAUUCGUGCGAUAUACUCCUGCGGAUCAGAUGGGCGACAAGAGCAAGAAGCAGGAUCGAAUCAUGAAAAUUGUGCAGAGACAGCAAGACCCUAUGGAGCCGCCAAAGCACAAGAUUAAGAAGGUCCCUCGUGGACCUCCAUCCCCGCCACCGCCCGUCAUGCACUCCCCGCCGCGCAAACUGACCGCAGAGGAUCAAGAGAACUGGAGGAUCCCACCACCCGUGUCGAAUUGGAAGAACUCGAAGGGAUACACUGUGCCGCUGGACAAGCGAUUGGCAGCAGAUGGCCGAGGCCUGCAGGAUGUGACCAUCAAUGACAAAUUUGCACAGUUCGCUGAGGGUCUCCACGUCGCAGAUCGACAUGCCAGGGAGGAGGUACAGCAGAGAGCUAAGAUGCAGCAGCGACUGGCUGAGAAAGAAAAAGAGGCUAAGGAGGAGAACCUGCGCCAGCUGGCAAUGAAGGCACGUGCAGACAAGGAGGCAGCCAUGGCGCAGCGGCGUGGAUCCGAUCGUGGACGUUCAAGGAGCCGGUCCGUGGAUAGCAGGUCGUCUUAUUCAUCGUACUCAUCCCGAUCACGAAGCGACAGCAGGAGUAGGAGCCGGAGCCGGAGCCGGAGCCGAAGCCGCAGUGGUGGCCGGGACGAUGGGGAGAAGGAGCGAAGAGCGCGUGAGAAGGCCAGAGCAGAGCGGAAACGCGAGGCUCAGCGGGAGAUGCGACAAAAGAACAUGGGCCAUGAGCGAAGGAUGAAGAUGAUGGCUCGAGAGCAGGGACGUGAUAUCAGUGAAAAGGUUGCGCUGGGGCUGGCCAAGCCAACACAGAGCAAGGAAGCCAUGUACGACUCGCGUCUCUUCAAUCAGAGUUCCGGCCUCGCUGCUGGAUUCAAUGAGGACCAAGCGUACGACAAGCCUCUAUUCGCGAGCCGUGAUGCGUUGAACUCGAUAUACCACUCCGGGGCAGCAGACGAUGAUGGCGAGGACGAUGGAGAGACAUUGGAGAAGAUUCAGGGCACGAAACGGUUUGAUGGCCUUGGAAGAGCGCCGAAGGACGGAUUCAAAGGCACAGACACAGUCGAGAAGAGGACUGGCCCUGUGCAGUUCGAGCGCGAUCGCGGCGACGACCCCUUUGGCGUAGAGGCGAUGAUUGCAGAGGCUUCAGACAAAGCAAACAAACGCUCCGCCGAGGAUGACGGAGGCGGCCGCGGGAAGAAGGCGAGAGUGGACGAUGAGUGACAUUGAAAUUGUACAAGGUAUGUAGCAAAUCUCGCGUUGGGGCGCAGUUUCUCGAGCGACAUGCAGGCUUCAGCUCUCAUCGAUUUUCAUCAACGUCCUUGCACUCGUGAAGGCGAGCUCAACGCUGCCUUUGUACACAGUGCACGAUGUCCGAAGCACAAGUCUCUGAAGUCUCGCGCGCUUCACUACCGCGCAACGAGGAACAGCGCCUUGUUCUGUCUCCAUU